UGAGGAAGGGUACAACCACACAACGCAAAAGACAUCCUCGCAUUUUAUCCAUGCCAAGCAGGUUCUCUCCGAGCUGAAAACCAUCGCGUCCUUUCCCACGAUCGGACCCUGCGAGCUCGAUCUCCGUCAGCGAUGGGCCCUCCAGAUGAGUAUUGUCAAAGUGGUAGGGACAUCACACGCUCUCUGUAUUCUAUUGUGAUUGGAUUAAUGGGGAACCAAAGUCGAGCUGUUGCUUUGCCCAAUCUUGCUCUGACAACUAAACACGCAUUUUUUUGUACACAGCUCAGUGAAUAUCAGUACGAUUCAUACCUUCUUGACCCGUCCCUGGAGGAGAUGGUGACAAUCCUGAUUGCCCCGAUCCGCAAGGUCGUCCACGACGUUACCAUCGGAGACUUCAAAGGCCAGCCUAUGAACGAACACGGCCACCUGGUGUUUUAUAUGUUGUACUUCAUCAGCAAAACGCGUGGAUACAAGACCGUUGUGAAAUUCCUCCCGCACGAGGUCGCCGAUGUGGAGCCCACGUUCGAGUUCCUGAGGAUGCUGAAUCUGCGUAAGACUCCCUGGGAGACCCGCUACGUGCUCCUUAUCUGGUUAUCACUCAUGUGCAUGAUCCCCUUUGAUCUUAAGAGCAUCGACAGCCAGGCAUCCAAGGCGAGCGACAGAAUUCCUCUCGUGGACCAAAUGAUCGAGACCGCAAAGACGUAUCUCGACCGCGCCGGUAAAGAUAGGGAUGCCGCCUCGCUUUUCUUGGCCCGCUUGCUAACAAGGAAAGACACAUGCGACCUUUAUCUCCCCGAGUUUGUCGACUGGGCUAAAUCCGCCCUAUCAUCCAGCCCAAUCAUCUUCUUGGCCAUCGGCCUCUUGGGGACACUCUGCUGGAUCUUCAAAAUUGGUCAGCGUGAGGUGCUCUUGCCUAUCGCGGAAUCGCUCGAGGAUUUCUUGGUCUUUAUCGAGUCCAGGGAGCUAUUCAUGUCCAACUCAACCAUGAAGAAGCUGAUUGUUAAGCUGUCGCAGCGUGUGGGUCUUUGCCUGCUGAAGCCCCGUGUAGCUGCAUGGAGAUACCAGCGAGGCAAUCGAUCUCUGGCGAGCAACCUUGGAAUGGACCUCGCCUUGGAGGCGGGUAAGCUGGAUAAGAUCUCGACAGCCAUAGCGGAAGACACAGAGGACGACGAGAACUUUGAUGUUCCGGAGGCGAUCGAAGAUGUCAUCGAGCGACUGAUGAACGGUCUUCGCGACAGGGACACGAUCGUGCGUUGGUCAGCAGCUAAAGGGAUGGGAAGGAUUAGCAACCGCCUGCCAAAGGAUAUGGCGGACGACGUUGUCGGCAGCAUUUUUGAGUUGUUCUCGGAGGACGUGUUCGAGCUUCCGAACGGCGAGCCAGACGUCUCUUCGGUGUCGGAACACACGUGGCACGGCGCCUGUCUGGCCGUUGCGGAAUUAUCGCGCCGAGGCUUGCUCCUGCCGCACCGUCUGGCGGAGCUCAUCCCAUGGAUCAUCCUUGCUCUCAGAUUUGAUAUCAAGCGCGGGGCGCACUCUGUCGGAAGCAACGUGCGCGACUCGGCGUGCUAUGUCUGUUGGUCGUUCGCUCGUGCCUAUACCCCGGAUGUCCUUGACGCCCAUGUGCGCAAGCUCUCCAACACGCUGAUCGCAGUUUCGGUCUUUGACAGGGACAUCAACAUCCGCAGGGCCAGUAGUGCAGCCUUCCAGGAGAAUGUUGGACGUAUGGGCAUUUUUCCCCAUGGUAUCGAGAUCGUCACCGUGGCCGACUACUUUUCAGUGGGCAAUAUCAGCAAUUCCUUUUUGACCGUUGCACCCUUUAUUGCAGGGUUCCCGGAGUACCGACGCUACCUCUCAGAACACUUGCUAGAGUUCGUGAUCCCUCACUGGGACAUUGCUGUGCGAGAAGUUGCUGCAGAGUCCAUGGCAAGGAUCGCGGUCCUUGACCUGGACUAUGCCUGCAGCGACAUCAUACCCUCGCUCAUAAGGAUGGCAUCCAGCUUGGAUUCAGCGAUUCGUCAUGGCGCCUUGAUUACGCUUGGAAAAACCUGCAAGGCCGUUAAGGCGCACUUGUCGCAGCCGCUAGAUCAAUGCUUUUCAGCCGAAGCCCUGGAGAGCAUUGCGAAUGUUGUGCCGUCUGUGCCAGAGUUUGCGCUGUCAGGAUUUGGAAGCGAGCAUAUCCGACAGGCGCUCUGCGUCCACAUCACUUCCCUUUCAGAGGCCGCGUGGCCCAUCAACGCAUCCGCGAUUGAAUCCUGGAAGAACAUUGUGUAUACAACCCUGGAACGCGUGGAGGAGCCUUUGCAGAAACUGGCAUCGGAUACAUUCAGGGCGUUCGUUGUACAGUAUGGUCUCUCGGAUUCGGAAUUCGAGUACUGUCUCAAUAAGGCCUCGCCCCCGCCUAAUACGUUCGUGGAUCGUCUGGGACAGCGCGGGUUCGCGUUGGCAUUGGGCGAGAUUGAUUAUCGAGAGGCGAAGAAUGUAGGGUGGGUCAGUAGGGUCGUCGAGGCCUUGGCGGUCACUGCAGACCAUACUUCGGCGGUGUUUGCGGACGCGGAGGCGAGAAGAAACUCGGUGAAUGCAGUGACGAACAUUAUCAGAGUCCUUGACCGGAAGUAUCAGCAAGUAAUCUCGCCUGAGCUUUCCAAAAAGAUCCUGGAGAUUUAUUUCAAGGGUCUGGAGGACUACAGCAUUGAUCAUCGCGGUGAUGUGGGUUCGUGGAGCCGGGAGGCGAGCAUGUUGGGUCUCGAGGUCAUGGUCCCGCUCGUAGCCCGUUUGGAUGCCGAAGCCGAGUCCUCAUCCUCGUCUGCCGUACGCUAUCUGUCUGACGAGGAUCAUACGCUGGCAUUGAGUAAAUUGCUGCAGCAGAGUGUUGAGAAGAUUGACAGGAUCCGAGCGUGUGCUGCGAUGGUCAUGACGACGAUCCUCUAUACGACCUCUGCUGGUCCUUCGUCGACUCCAGCGGAGCAGGAGGUGGAGCAACAGGAGCUUUCUUCGGAGUAUGUGUUGCGGGCGGCGCAUCGUGAACAGGUUAUGCAGGUGCUGCCGAAGAACGAUGACAUGAACUGGCUGCAGGCCUCAGAGGUGUACCCACGAGUGGUACAGCUGCUGAAUCUGCCGGAGUAUCGGUCUGAUCUGCUGGUGGGCUUUAUUGUCAGCGCAGGAGGCCUUACAGAGUCUUUGGUUCGGCACUCGAGUGCGUGCUUGACAGAGUUUGUGUCAAAUUUGCCUAUCACCAGGAAUGAUAUGGAGACAGACAACGAUGGUGAUUCAGCACCGUACCUGACGCUGGUCGAGUUUGGGAACGAAAUCAUGAAGGUUGUGGAGAGAUACGAGGGCCAGGACCGUGUGAUCGUUCCGCUGCUCGAGGUUCUGGAUAUGCUGUUUGAGUCUGGAUGUAUGCUGAUGAUGGAGGGCGAGUAUGAUUUUGCGCCGAUGGUUCGGUUUGUCCGUCGCCAGACGAUCAAAUGCAAGGACACCCGGAAGCUGUCAGCGAGUAUUCGAACGUUUUGUGGACUCUGCGCGUUGGGUGGGAAGAUCAAGAAUGCAAUCCUGUUGGAGUUGCUCCGGCUUUUGGUACAUCCGUUCCCAAAGAUUAGGAGGACAACGGCGGACUCGAUGUACUUGAUGCUGAACGUCGACGAGCCUACGCCCGAGACUGAGAAAGUUGGCGAGAUCUUGGUUAAUUCUGACUGGAAUCAAUCAGUGGCGAUGUUGACACCUCUUCGCGACCAGAUCUACCCGCUUCUCCAUUUGGAGAAGCCAAAGCCUGUCCCAACAACGGCUGCUCUUCGUGCCAAGUAAUUUGCUACAAUGAAAUGUUUUGGCACCUUGUAGUCUUCGAGUUAAAUAAAGAGAGUUGUCGCUGCUUGUUCGACAUCUAGUAGGUUAUCAUUCGUAGUGUAUUCUUUAAUGCCGUGUAU